AUGCAUACUCCAACAAACACUAUCCAUACCCAGUCCAUCCGGGACAAAUACGCCCAAGAGCGCGACAAGCGCUACCAUCCGGAUGGGUUGAAGCAGUACAUUGUCGACCUGGCCACCUCCUCAAGAUACGCUCGCUAUCAAGCAGACCCGUGGCGCACAUCCUCCAACGACAAGCCGGCCCUAUGUGACGGCGACAGCUGCACGGUGCUGAUCGUCGGUGCCGGCUUCGGCGGCAUCCUCUUCGCCGCAAACCUGAUCAAGGCGGGAGUUGACCCGGCGCACAUCCGGCUGGUCGAUACGGCCAUGGGCUUCGGCGGGACUUGGUACUGGAACCGCUACCCGGGCCUGCACUGCGACGUCGAGAGCUAUAUCUAUAUGCCACUGCUGGAGGACACGGGCUAUGUGCCCCGGCACAAGUACUCUGCCGGCCCGGAGCUAAGAGAACAUGCGCAACGAAUCGCGGAGCACUUUGGGUUUGCGGACAAGGCUCAGUUCGGCACGCGCGUGGAUGAGAUGCGCUGGGAUGAAGACAAGGGCCAGUGGGUAGCCGGUUUGGUGCAAGUCGAGAAUCAAACGCCCAUGACGGUCCGUAGCCGGUUUGUCAUAACGGCCUACGGUAUCGGCCACUACCCUAAGCUCCCCGCCGUCCCGGGCUUGGACGGGUUCAAGGGAAGCGCGUUUCACACCAGCAGGUGGGACUACACCGUCACCGGCGGGUCAGAAGCCCAGCCAGACUUGAUGUUGCUGCAAGACAAGCGCGUCGGCAUCGUCGGCACCGGAGCCACGGCCGUCCAGGCGAUCCCCCACCUCGCGCGCUGGGCCAAGGACCUCUACGUCUUCCAGCGCACACCCAGCAGUGUCGGGCCGCGGAACAACAGACUUACCGAUAUCUCGCGAUGGAGGGAAGAUGUUGCCACGCACAGUGGAUGGCAGAUGGACCGGGCCGAGAACUUUAACGAUUUCCUGGCCAACGAGACGCCCAGGCCAGGAGUUGACCUCGUCGACGACGAGUGGACAAGGUUGUCUUCGUACAGCGCACUAAUUGGAAGCGCCGUGUAUCUGGGGCCCGGCAAGGAGGGCUUGCAGCAGUACGUCGCCAUGCUAGAGGAACUGGACAUGCCGCAACAAGAGUCGCGUCGAAAUCGGGUCGACGGUAUCGUGCACAACAAGACCACGGCGGAAAACCUCAAAGCCUGGUAUCCGUCGUGGUGCAAGCGGCCGUGCUUCAGCGAUGACUACCUUCAAACCUUCAACCGUUCCAACGUGCACCUGAUCCCUACUGGGGCGCGUGGCAUCGAGAACAUAACGGGAAACACCGUCACAGCUAACGCCAAAGACUACGAGCUCGACGUGCUUAUUUUUGCUACGGGGUUCAGGCCACCGACCAGUGGCAGCCCAGCCGAAAGGAGCAGAAUGAAGGUUUAUGGCCGAGACGGUAUGGAUAUGGACGAUAAAUGGGCGUCGGCUGGGGGGCUGAGUACAUUGCACGGAAUCCUCAGCCGCGGGUUUCCCAAUUUCUUCUUCCCUGGGCCGAACCAGAUGGGAGCCGCCCCAAACGGCACUUACCAACGAGAUCGACUGGGUGAACAUUUUGCAUACAUCAUUACUACCGCCGCAAACCAAGGUCAAGAAAAAUUCAACGUUGUAAUCGAGCCUACCACCGAGGCCGAAGAGGAGUGGAGCAUGCAGACUGCAAGCCAUGCAGCCAGGUUAGCCGCCAUGGUCGGUUGUACGCCCAACUACAUGAUUACUCCUGAGGAGCAGGAGGCGGUUGCCAUGGAUAGGAGGGAGGGUCUGAUUAGGAAGGCGAGGGGUGCGCUUUGGGGGAGGGGUGUAAGGAAUUACAUGGAUAUAUUGAAGGAGUGGAGGGAGGAAGGGAAGCUCAGGGGGCUUGUUAUCGCUUGA